AUGAUCGAGUAUCCUCAGAGACAAAUACAUUCGUCUGUGCCAUGCAUCAGGACUCUGUCCGAGUGCAUCGAUGAAACAGAUACACAACCUAAUAAGCGUAUACAAUCCCUUUCACAUCACAAUCCUUCCAACUGUAUCCAAGCCAAUGCUUGUAGUGAAUCCAGUGUUCAAACCACUGUUAUCAUGGCCAUAUGCUGUAGACAUAACAGAAUGGGUGCUGCUCUGUUGAAUGGUUCCACAUCUACUCUCCAGUUGUUUGAAGAUGUAUGUGAAGACUCGACCUACCAAAUGUGUAGAUCGCUCUUAUUCCAGACUCAUCCUACUAGUAUUCUUACAUUUGCUCGUGCUGAUCAGGCUUUUAUUCGUAUUCUUGAACAAGCCAUCUCAUCCAUGGAAAACCAGUCCUGUGAAUUGUUACUCCGUCCCACUCCUGAAUUCUCAUACGAAAGUGGUAAAUCUAAACUCUUGUCAAUUCAGCUUGCUCAUCUCAACAGUUCAGUCUACUGCGUACUUGAUCAAUCCGAUAGCAAAGCAAAAUACCGUACUCGGCUUCAAAUGCUUCUUGAAGGCAUCGUUGUGUUGGAUCAUCGCGAGAUGGUCGGUACUGCUGGUGCACUGUUAACCUAUCUUGCAAAAACUAAUUUGACUAGAACGUUUGACUAUGGUGACCACAUUACAAUUCAAACUGUUGAAAACAUUUCACUGGAAAAUACAAUGCAAUUGUCUGUGAAUGCAAUGACAUCGUUACAUAUUUUUCAAGAACAAGGCCAUCCAAAUAUAUUUCGACAAGCUAAACGAGAAAGUCUUUCCCUAUUUGGAAUCUUGAAUUUUUCCCAAACCCAGGCUGGAAAAAUGCUAUUGAAACAGUGGAUUAUGCGACCUCUGCUUGAUUUAGAUACUAUCAAGGAAAGACAUGAUUCAAUUGAAUGGUUUAUUCAACAAGAUUUAUCUUCUCGCAAAAUGCUGCAAGACUCGUUGAGGCGGCUUCGAAAUAUUCCCGGCUAUGAAUUCAAAACUAUCACUAGCAGAUUGGCAAGCACUCCAUCAGACUGCAUAUGGCUAAGUAGCGUGUUGGAUCAGUUUAUGUUUUAUUCUCUCACCAUACGCACAUUUUUUCGGGAUCAUUGUCACCCAUCUCAAUUAAAAAUUGUCAUCAAGAUUUUAGAUGAUGUUCCGCCUAGUCUAUUUCAGCAACUCUCUCAGCAUAUCAACGAUGUGGCAACAUACCAUAUAUAUUUAAAGAUUGAUUUUGAUAUGUCAAAAGAGGAAGCACGAUUAGUUGUCAAACAAAAUGUUGAUGAGGAUUUAGAUUCUUUCAAAAAAACGUAUAGCAAUCUCGAGACAAUUCUAUCCACUGUUGCGACAACAGUUGCUCAAACCGUUCCUCAAACCCUUUCCAAGUCUCUAAAUAUUGUAUACUUUCCCCAGCUUGGAUAUCUUGUAGCAAUUUCAAAUUCUGCUAUUCUAAAAUGCCAAUCUAAUCACGACUAUGCCAUUGAUGGUCUGUUAUUUCAAUUUUCUACAGCCACGAUGGCAUACUAUAAGAGUGACAUGAUGUAUGAACUUGACGACACCUUGGGUGAUAUUCAUUCUAUGAUUGUUGAUCGUGAACUAGAGGUUGUACAACAAUUACGAGAGGUUAUGUUGGAUCAUGGUGAGUAUUUUUUACAAGCAUCCAGGACUCUCACCGAGCUUGAAUGCAUACUUUCGCUUACUGAAGCUGCAGUUCGAUAUAAAUACACGAGGCCAACCAUGACACAUGAAAGCGGUCUGCACAUUAUUGGUGGAAGACACCCUUUGAAAGAACUGUGCAUUGAUGCAUUUAUUGAGAAUGACACUCAUAUUGGAUGUUCUCACCAAGACACGACUGCUACCCACAGUACCCAAUGUCAUGCAGAUGCUUCAUUGUCCAAUGCCAAAAUGAUGCUUAUUACUGGAGCCAAUUUUUCAGGAAAGUCAGUUUAUCUUCAGCAAGUAGCUUUGAUUGUCAUCAUGUCCCAUAUUGGUAGUUUUGUUCCAGCAUCGUUUUCAACGAUUGGUCUUACAGAUCGUAUUUUUACUCGCAUUCACUCUGACGACAGCGUAUCUGCACUCAAAGGAUCAUUUUUGAUUGAUUUACAGCAAAUGUCGUAUGCAGUAGUCAACUCAUCACCUAGGAGUCUUGUCAUAGUGGAUGAAUUUGGCAAGGGAACCAUAAGUCAUGAUGGGAUUGGACUUUUGUGUGCAAUGAUUCAAUCGUUUUGUAGCCGAGGACAAGAGUGUCCGCAUGUGCUUAUUGCCACGCAUUAUCAUGAACUGUUGAUGGAUGGAGUACUUGAUUGCAUGAUACCCAGCGUGUAUUCUGGACACGACUGCAUGAUAAAACCUACAGCCACGAUUGACUAUUAUACCAUGAGGAUCAUUGAAACGCAUGAUGAUGAAUCGGAUGAAACCUACAACGGUACAAGUAGGACUGGAGUGACUUUUUUGUAUCAGCUUAUCCAUGGCAAGUGUUUGCAAUCACUUGGUGUGCAUUGUGCACAGGUUGCAGGAUUACCCAAGAGUGUUAUUGAUCGAGCACAACAGGUAUCUGAAUGUGUUAUUCAAGGUGAACCCAUUCCAAUGAACAAAACAGCUCAAGACCAUAUCCGACAGCAGAUAGCAGAUCGUAUUUACCAAGUAUUUCAAGAGUGCAACGUAGUGAUUGAUGACUUACAAUGCACGUUAUGGUCGCACAUUGAACCAUUUGAAAGUCGGUUUCAAUAA